GUUAAAAUGUCAAUGAUACGAUUUACGAUGUGUACCAUAUUUUUGUUUACGUAAACGUAAAUUACGUUUGUUUACGUUCAUCAAUUUCAUUGAAAGAGAGAGUAGACCAUGACUUGCUUGCCGAUUAGAAACACAAGUACUUCUAUAAGUAUGUGAUUAGAAAUCAAUAAAAUUAUUUAAAGUCAUUAUUAUUUCGUCACUGUUUAUAACAUAUAAAUAAGCUUAAUUAAAAUCGUCAGUUCCUUCUGUUCGAUUAACUAACCAUAUUUAAAAUUAAAUCAUGACCGAACAAAAGCGCUUUUCUGUAAGAAACGACCAUAUCUUACACAGCGGUAUAUUUAAUUCCACUUUACGAGACUGGCAGGGUUUAAAAUGUGAAAUAACUCCCAAAAAUUUCAUGUAUCCAAUAUUUAUUAUUGAAGAUGAAGAUGCUGUACAACCAAUUGAUAGCAUGCCAGGAAUUUCCAGGUUUGGAAUUAAUGCAUUAAAAGCGCAUUUGGAGCCUAUAAUUAAUAAUGGUUUACAGUCUGUUCUACUAUUUGGGGUAGUUAGUGAUCUUCCUAAAAACGAUGGUGCUACAAACGCAGAUAGCUCACAAAAUCCUGUAAUAAAGGCCCUUCCAAAGUUAAAAUCUUGGUUUCCUAAUUUGACAAUAGCUUGCGAUGUCUGUCUUUGUCCUUACACCUCUCAUGGACAUUGUGGAGUUUUUAGAAAUGAUGGCACAGUAGAUAAUACUGCUAGUAUAGAAAGAAUAUCAGAAAUUGCUCUCAAUUAUGCAAAAGCAGGAGCUGAUAUCAUUGCUCCCUCAGACAUGAUGGAUGGAAGAAUUGGUGCUAUAAAAACAAAAUUGAUAAAUAACGGAUUAGGAAAUAAAGUGGCAGUCUUGUCAUAUACUGCAAAGUUUGCUUCAAAUUUCUAUGGGCCUUUUAGAGAUGCAGCCAAAUCUAAGCCAGCUUUUGGCGACAGAAAGUGCUACCAACUUCCUUCAACCAGCUCAGGUUUGGCUCUCAGGGCAGCAGACAGAGACGUGGCUGAAGGAGCUGACAUGCUUAUGGUGAAACCCGUUAUGAUUUACAUGGAUAUACUGAAAGAAAUUAAACAAAGGCAUCCAGAAUAUCCCAUGUUUGUCUAUCAGGUUUCUGGCGAGUAUUCCAUGAUCUAUCAAGCUGCAUCGAAAGGACUAUUUGAUCUGAAAUUAGGGUUGAUGGAGAUUCUUGGAUCUCUUAGGAGAGCAGGUGCUGAUGUUAUUAUUUCCUACUAUACUCCACAAAUUUUGAACUGGUUACAACAACCUAAGAGUAAAUUAUAAAAAUUAGAUUUAAUUUGUUUUCCUAAUUAUAUUGUUGAUGUUAUUGAACUGUUAAAUAAAACCAUCGAAAAAUCUU